AUGGCUACUACAGUAUGCAACAAACUUUACAUUAAGAAUAAUCAAGAACAAACCAUUGUUGGCAUCCUAAAUAUAUGCAACAAAGACACUCUUAAAAGAACUAAUGGUUCAAAGCUUGGUUUAAUUCUACAUGGAACACUCGGCCACAAAAAUUAUUUGUUUCAAAAAAAGUUGGCAUCUUCAUUGCCAUUUGACACUUUUCGUUUUGAUUUUCGGGGAAAUGGUGAAAGUGAGGGAGAACGGAAAUAUGGGUGUCUUAAGAAUGAUUUAGAUGAUAUUGAAACCGUAUUUGAUUUCUUGCAAAAAGAAUACGGGUAUAGUCUCUAUGCACUUAUCGGUCAUUCUAGGGGGGCCAUGGCAGCUUUGUUAUUCGUAGCAACACGAAAUCAUAAUGUACCUUAUGUAGUAAACAUAUCUGCGCGAUAUUCCAUGGAAGCGACACGAAAAAAACACGGAAGUGAUGCAAUGCAAGCUUUGGAGACUCAAGGUCAUUUCUAUUGGAAAACUAGGUCACGAGGACAAGAAAUAACAUGGAAAAUUACAAAGGAAGAGUUUUCAGAUUGGCUGACGACUCCCAUGCAUCUAGGUAUUUAUCUAGUUAAAAAUAUCCCGGAAUCAACGUCCGUCUUAACCAUCCAUGGUACAGAUGAUGAAAUAAUUUACGUGACAGAUGCAACCAUCUUCGCCAACUUGAUACCAAACCACACUCUGAAAUUGAUCGAUGGUGCAAAUCAUCAAUACUCCAAUCAUACCGACGAACUUAUCAAUCUGAUUUUAGAAUACUAUUCUCCAGAAUUUCAAUCAGCGCGUUUUCUAAAAAGAAAUCGGGUAAUUAAAAAUGUUCCUCGAAUGAUUAAAAUUGGUGGUGUGAAGAAUUUUCGUGAUCUGGGUGGAUGGAAGUGCACCAUUAAUAAUGACGACAAUCUAGUUUAUUACGUUCGUCCUCGUUUCGUCUUUCGCUCUGCAGAACUUUCUAUGAUUUCGGAGGAUGGCAUUGCGGCAUUAAAAGUACUAAAUAUUCAGAAAAUAUUUGAUUUGCGAUCGAACCCAAACCUUUUUAAAGCAGUUCCAGCGUAUGUUCUAAAUUUUAUUGAAGAUAUUGAUUGUUAUGGAUUGAAACUUACAUCUUCACUUAGAAAUCUAGCCAAUGCUCAACGCAUUCAUACGCCGGUUUUUCCUGAGUCAUCUAUUUCACGUGAAAAGAAACUAGAAAGCUUUGCACCUUUCACCGCUGGACCCGUAGGUUUUGCGCAAGUAUACAUCUCAAUUUUAGAAUCCGGCAAAAAAGCAUUCCGCACAAUAUUUGAACAUAUACUUUAUCAUCCGAAUUCACCGUUCCUCGUUCAUUGUCGAGCAGGAAGAGAUCGUACUGGUGUCUUUGCCAUGUUACUUUUAAAAUUGGCGAGGGUUGAUGAUGAGACAAUAGCACGAGAAUAUGAGAUAACAACACAGACGCAAGGUUAUGAUGAAAACGAAUUACAAAUCAUCUCUGAUAAAUUCAAUACAGCAUUUACAAUAGAAGAAUGCGGACACGCGCUUACUGCACAAUAUGAAUCAAUGAUCUUAACUUUAAAGAAAUUUUACGAAAAAUAUGGAAAUACUGAAUCAUAUUUUAUUAAUGAAUUGGGUUUCACAAAGGAAGAAAUUCAUCAAAUUGAAAAUAAUCUGGUGGAACCUUUUUUAUCGCAGCCAGAUGAAUAA